ACUGACGGCUAUGGUGGAUGACUGUCUGUUGGAUUUGUGUGGAUUAGGCGCGGAAGCGAAUAGUUAGUGUUUGAGUCAGCAAUCAACUUCGCUGUUUUUGUGGGAUUAGUCAGACUGAAGCGCAAGAAAACGUGGCAGGAGCGAAGACGUCAAUAACAGCAGGAGCCUGAAGGGAUUUGGUGAGCAGAUAUAAUCAUGUCUUCAGAAUCAGAAGAGAUUGUGAUGACGCCGACGAAGCGUGGCAAGGCAACUCACAUUAAGAUCGAGCGGAAGCCGAAGAAGGCUGUGUCUCAGGGUCCCGACUCCGUCGUGCACGUUGCCGGCGGGGAGCACACGGGUCUCGUCAUCACCAAGGGAACCGAAGCUGAAGAAGAUUUUGGCAAACCAGAGUUACAGAUCGGCUUCAUGUGUUUUCUGUUAGACCAGAAGACCAACAAACAUUUUGUGGAGAGUCGUAAACUUCAAUUCUGGUAUCGCGAGGGUACGGAUUACUACCAUCAAGUGACCACAGCAUACGAAUUCUUUAAAGAACUGGUUCGACCAGAAAACUUUCCAAGAGACUACAUUGGUUUUAUUAAGAAGUGCAUGAAACAGAUGCAGGGUGAGAAAUACGCACUAGCCAAGAAAGUUGAUCUGGAAAUACAACAACUGGAGGAAGGGGAAGCACCAGUCGAUCCAGCCAAUAGGAUUCCUGUGGAACAGUUUGAUAUGGAGGGAAUUCUUCGAAAUGGCUUGCCAAAAGAGGACACGAGACCGACGGAACAGAUUGUAAGAGAAAAACUGUUGACUGUUCUCGAGUCGGCUUAUCCUAAUGUGUUAGCUGUAGAGGAUCUUGUAAGAAUCACUGCGUCGGACGAGGGGAUUGUCACACAACAGCUGCAGGAUCUCUACCAACAUGAGCUCGUCCGCCAGAUGGAGCACGGUGGAUUCGUGCGCCAGGUCCUCGACACACAGACAGAGGUGCAGGUUGUCAAGCAGAUGCCAACCAUCGCAGCCAAUCAGCAGCCAACGAUUGCUAUCAUCACGGCCCUUUACUGCGAGAAGCUUGCUAUAGACGCCAUGAUGGAAAACAAGAAGACCUAUGUCAAAUACAAGACAGAAGGGGAGUCUAACGUCUACACUAUUGGCUAUAUUGGUGAACACAAGGUGAUCUCGACCAAGCUGCCAGCUAUUGGACACUUCAGAGCUGCUCAGAUUGCGGCAGGCAACACAACAACCAGACUGCUUGGUGGGUUUCAGAACAUAGAACACGUUUUUGUAAUGGGCGUGGCGGGCGGUGUUUCCCACCUGACGGACUACUUCAAACACCUGCGUCGCGGCGACGUGCUGAUCUCGCGCUGCAACGAGAAGGGCUACAUCUACUACUACUGCGAGAAGAUCCUCCAGGACAAGGAGGAGAACAUCCACUACGUCCUCAAGAACUGGGCGCCGCGGGAUCUCGUCCUGCAGAGGAUCGCCGAGAAGAUUGAAGACUACCAGAAAGCGAACCCAGAUUACGCGCCCUGGGAGCGAUACAUCGAGGAGGGUCAGGAGUUGCUGAAGGAGCAGGAGGCGAAGUUCUCGCGCCCCCCGGCCGCGUCCGAUCGCCUGUACAUGAAUAUCGGCGAGAACCAGGUGAUCGAGGUCCAACACCCAGACGUCCCCAGCGGCAUGAUUCACCGCGACGACGUCCCGCGACUUCGGUACGGGGUCGUGGGGUCGGGACGGCCUGUCGUGAAGCACGACGACACGAAGUUGGACUUCGCCACAAAGUACGGGAUAUCGGCGUUCGACUCGGAGUUCGACCAGGUGCUCGAGUCGAUUGUGGGCAACCGGAAAGACAGUUUCAUGUUCGUGAGGGGGAUCUGUGACUACCAGGACGGGUCACGUGGGAAGGAGUGGCAGCCAUAUGCCGCCCUUGCUGCCGCAGCCGUUGUCAAGACGAUCAUUAAAUCUCUCCACAACCCACAGCUAGACGAACAGUAUUGAGUGGUAUUGGUGCUAUUUGUGUACAGUAACCAUGGUUACAGUCAUAUAUACAUAAAAUAGUAAUUUUCUUAUUGUAAGUUAUGGGUUUGGUGGUAAUACAUGCUGGGUGUUUGUUAUAUACCUCGGAGCAGUUAAUAUUUCUUGUAUGCCAUAUUUGGGUUAUACAGAAAUUAACCCAGGUAACCCAUUUCGUUUUUGCGUAACCCAUCAUGACCAGGUAAUUGAAGCAGUGAAUUUAAUGAGUUUUUUAAAUUUAGGAUUCCACUGGAAUUGUUAAAAGGAUAUAAUCAAGACAUUUUGUGAUUCAAUCCCACAAUGCUUUACUUCCGACCCACUGGGAUUUACUGAGUCACUGAAUCUUGCAAAAUAUUCAGGUAGUUUUUAAGAAGCACUAGUUUUGGUACUUAAUGUUAAAUUAAUGUGUUAAGAGUUGCAAGCAGUACGUCUCUUAAAAGAGCUUUGUGAAUUAGACCCCUCGUUAUGUAUGUGUUCAAAAGGGAUAUAAUUCAGUUGGUCUGUAUAAACAGGUUCUGGUUAUAGUUGACAGACCUGUAUAGAGACCAUCCAGGGAACGUGUUUAUAGUUUCUGUGGAGUCCUGUUUAGAUGGGGAGGAGGGGGUUGGACACAAGUCUCAAGAAAAUCGGUCAUUUUAGCAAGCUUUGGCGAGUUUGAAUUGAUUUUGUCGAGUUUAGUGUCAGAAAAAGUAAUUUGAAAAGAUGGUGUUUCUAGAUGAUGUUUGUUCUAGAGAUUGUCUAUGAGUUGAUUGUUGUAGAAAUAUUGCCUUUGUAAGCAGGUGGCCUUCAUAUAGAGAUUGAUCUGUAUGCAGGAUGAAUUACUCAAGUGCUUCUUAUAAAGAGGUGGUCGUUUCUUUGAAGUGUGUGUGGGUUUUUUCUAAAGCUACGUUGACAUUUGUAUCCGAAUCUAUGUCUGUGUUGAUCGUUUCCAUACCAGAGUGCAUAUACCCAUCCUAGAAGGAAGGAAUGGUUUAUUUAACGAUGCACUCAAUAUACCCAUCCUAGAAGGAAGAAAAUGGUUUAUUUAACAACGCACUAAACAUACCCAUCCUAGAAGACAGAAUGACAUACAUUAAUUUUGAAAGGACAGUGUAAGAAAAAACAUCGGUCAGUUUAGACUUCUUCCCCAUAUUGAUGAUGAUGCCUUCGUGGGCUUCCGUGAUCGGUGGAUUCGUGAAAAAAUCGCUCUGAAAGCGGUUCUAAAUUCACGUACAUAGAUCACUCACAGUUUGUUUUUAGCAUGGAAACACAGAGAUGACAGACACAUUAUUUUGAUAAUUCACAGAAGAUGGACAGGUAACAUUUGGAAACAUAGCUUGAAACUGAAAGUGUUUUUGUCGCAUCCUAUCCGAGUACUCUGUCGUUCGAAAGCUAGUUGAACAUUUAUAAUCGCUUUUAACUGUCAGAAAUAACUCUCUAAUAAAAACACAGGAUUUUUACCUACUUCAGAGUAGGUAAAGAUUCCUACUGUAAUACAUCAAUAAUCCUAUAUUUGAUAUUUUUAAAUACCUUUACACUGAUCCUGAAAAAAAUAAUAGGAUUGAAUUAAAAUGGUUAGAUUUAUGGACCAUUGCUAUUUCACGAAUUCUACAUUUACAACUGACCUUUUUUUUUUUUUUUUUUUUUCUGUUAUAACAAAGAAGGAAAUAUAUAUGCAUCUAACGUUUAUCUAACAAAAAUGUCCGGAAGUAUUUUUCAUCAAAUUAAAACCUGGACCUGAGAAUACCCUUCAAUAUAUCCUACUACUUAUGUUCAAAGUGUUACAUGUCUGCUGUUAAACCAUGUUAUUUUAAUGUACUUGUUUAAUCUACUUAUCUUGUGAUCGUUGUCAAUAUGCAAUGCAUGCAUUAUAUCUUUUGUUUUGUUAAA